AUCCGAGAACAGCGAAGCGAGGAACUUUAGUUACCCUGAUCUGACUUGGACUUGAAUGAGAGGAAGAGAAAGAGGGGGAGGGAGGGAGAGAGUGCGAGGGAGAGAGAGAGAGACCAGACGCCCGUCAGCGUUUAUGUCUGACGGUUGCAAACUAGGACGAGUGGCCAUCCACGGUGAAGGAACUAUUUAACCUGAUUUCCACCGGAGAACGGAACCGGUGCUACGUUACAGGGGCUGCCACUGACACUUUUUAUCCGCUUAAGCAGUCCGUAAAAUAGUCGGUGGGCGAAGACAGACCCACUCUCCGGACCCACGGACAGCCCAGGAACACGUUAAAGGCAACUAGAUGGAUAAAAGAUAAGUUUGGCAGAGAGAAGGACCUAUCGAGGGGGAGGCCAAUCGCGACCCACUCCCGAGGAGUCGGCCGUGAUUUUUCUUUGAAGAGAAAAACAGAAGUGAGGAGGAAAGGAGGGCAGAGACUCGAGGCGGUCCGGAGCGAAGAAGGGGGAGAAGGGGAUUUUUUUUUCCUCCCUCUUCAACUCGAUCUUUUUCCAUCUCCGUGUCUCCUGCUCUGUGUCUGUGGUCGGGUCUAAAUGUUCAACCUCAUGGGUGUUGUUAACGCCACGACGCCCGCCCUGCAGACCAAUGACUCCUGUACUUGUAACUGCAAGAGAUCCACUUCUUUCCAAAGCAUGGAGCUCUCCCAGUUGGAGUUUGUCCAGAUCCUGGUGAUAGUGGUGGUAAUGAUGGUGAUGGUGGUGGUCAUCACCUGCCUGCUUAACCACUACCGCCUAUCAGCACGCUCCCUCCUGUCCAGACACGCCCAAACGCGCAGGAGACACCUGCCAUUGGCCAACGAGGCUGGUCUGUGGACCAAUGAGAGCUCUGCGACGGCCAGUGGCUCCAGUGAGCACCAGGUGUACAACCCCCGCUCCACCGACCGCUCCAUCCUGCCCUCCUACCACCAGCGGGACCCCCCCCAGCCCCACCCCUUCCCCCAGCACCCCCACCCGCAGCGGUUCCAGCCGGCCUAUGUGCCCAGCCGCUUCCAGCCCACCUACCCCUACCUGCCCCAGAGCCUCAUCGACCUGCCCCCCACCAUAGCCCUGUCCGACGGAGAGGAGCCCCCCCCCUACCAGGGCCCCUGCACGCUGCAGCUGCGGGACCCCGAGCAGCAGAUGGAGCUCAACCGCGAGUCAGUCCGCGCGCCGCCCAACAGAACCGUGUUCGAUUCCCACCUGCUGAGCCCGGCCACGCCCUGUCUGCAUACCAGGUUACAGGCCCCGCCCCCUAGUGUACACACAGGCAUCAGCGUACACGAAGCCCAGGAGGCCUUGACGAGACACCAGAAGCAGGGGACACAGGUAGAGGGGGCGCCCCCGGCCUACAGUGAGGUCAUCGGGCACUACUAUCACCCAUCAUCCCUGACCCCCGACCUCAGCCAAAACCACGCCCAUCGGACUGUUCCAUCGCAGCAACCACCCCCGUCGACGCUGAUACAUGGCGUAAUCCGGCCCCCGCCCCAUCACCAGCAGGCUCCGCCCACUCCAGGAAGUGUGGACAAUAGGAACUCACGGAACACAAAAGAUAAACCCAAGAAGCCCCAGCAGGUUUGACAGGGUGCGUUCCUCUUCCUGCUCCUCAGCCAAUGGUAAGACUUGGACAUGGAGAGAAGGCCUGACCGGUGUGUACAGUAUUUCCGGAGCUUUUUCCCCUGGCUUCUGGAUCAAGUUUCGUCUUGAAACACUUUCAACCUGUCAGUGCCGCACCUUCCAAGCUAACUGCGUCGGUUAGCACUGGGAACCGAUGCCUUUGGAGAGCAAUCCAGGAAACCAUGGGUCUCCUGCGCAGUGUGGCACUUGCUGUUUCAUUGCUUCUUUCUUCCUGUCUGAGGAGCUCUUCACACAAACAGAUGAUGAGGUUGGGUUGGAGUGGAGGGACGGGGAUUCAAAUGUGAUGUAGCCCCUCCCCCCCUCUCCACCCCUGCCAACUGCCACCUGAGUCGUUAUAAAUAUGUAUUUGUUUUGUUUGUUUCUAGAGAAGUUGGUAUUUUCGUUUGUUUGUCUUAGUUGCGCUUUCAGCUUGUUGAGAAAAAGAAAAUCGACACAAUGCGAACGGCGAUACACUGCAGUCUGCAAUCUAAAACACGUCUUUCAACUGGUUUCUUACCUACAUCCAUUUGAAAGACAAUAUUAUAAUGGGAAUUUAAAGAAACUGUUUCAAGUAUGAAAGCAGAUCUUUUGAUCAUAAAAGCAGUUAUUCCUGCAUAGUCCUUUAGCCACGUCUCUCAGCAUGUUAGCAUGUUAGCAUAAUAGCACUUUAGCAUGCUAGUCUAUAUAGUAGCCAAUUUGUUUAUCCAUAGUAACCAUUAACUUAAAACUAUUGUUAGCUGUAGCACAGUGCUAAGUCCUGAGAGCUAAAGGUACUUUCUUACUAUACUAACGAAUGCAGGAGUUUAUUGCUAAAUAUUCAGUUUUACUUUUCGAAGUAAAAGUUUGCACAAGGUUCACGACUGUUCGACACAUGGAUAAAAAGAUAAUCUGCAAUAUGUUUUGAUAAAAGAAGGCGAGCGAACGUAGGGAUAUUUUUCUAAACUAUGGAUUCUAAAGAGUAAAGGUAAAUUUUUGUUUCUAGUCGUUUAGACGUUGUUUAGAUCUAGAAAGAAGUACGAUCAGCAAUCGUUGGGGUGCCAACAUAUUUUGUAACAUUGUGCUCCAUACACGGCAAAUGUAUGUUUCACGUGUGUGUGGAAGCUGAAGGUGGAGAGCAUGGAUGAGUUAUUUAUAUAAUUUCUGAGAAGAAUUGCACUAUUUUUUUAGUAUGCGAAGAUGGGACGAGUGAGCCAGACUUUUAUUUUGUGAAGGAGCUUUUUCACGGCAUUAAAGUGAAAUUGCAGUUUCAGUUUGAGACACCCCUGGAACCGCUACUGUUGUGUAUGUUUCAGGGGACUUACCAGGGGGAAGGGCCCAUAGCGUGCACAAAAUCACCCAAAAACACAAGACCAGACUCUGGUUCUGAUUGAGCCCGGUGGACUUGGACCAAACCAGUAGUAUUCCAUUGAUUCAAAUUUAUGAAAACUAUAAUUAUGCAAAAGUCCAAGUUCAGUAAGCCAAUCAAGAGCCCAGGAUUCUCCCUUAUAGGACCAAUCAGGAAAUCUUAGCCCUCAGAUCUCUAUCCCUAUUAGUCGAUUCUGCAGCCAGUAUCAGUACGCCUCACAAAACUAAACUCUAUAAAGUCCUUUGGUAAAUAACCUUGGCAAUGCACACACCAGUUAACUCAGAGUUUCUCCAUGACUGAUGACUAAACGUAUACAUAAUCAGGUGUGUGUGUAUCAGGAGGGGAUGUAAUCAAGUAAUUUAAGUACAGAGAGUGGGGUCAGCCUUAAAACUGGCUGCGUAUCGUUGAAUGCUGAAACUAUCGAGGGAGAGAGAGAGAGAGAGAGAGAGAGAGAGAGGACAUCUGUCCAUGUUUAAAGUCAAAUUAUAUGAUAUCAUAAUUAUCCCUUAAUCAGUGAUGCAAAAGCUUUGAUUGUGCACGCAUGUGGGCCCAACACACACACACACACACACACACACACACACACACACACACACACACACACACACACACACACACACACACACACACACACACACACACACACACACACACACACACACACAAAAACAUUGAUAUUCCCCUGGUAAGACGGGCCAGGCAUCUCUGAGCACUUUACUGGUCCAGUUUUAAGGACACAAUCGCACGCCAGCCAGCACCGGGGUUACUACUUGACUUACAUCCAAACCGCAUGAGGACGGAACAACUUGAAGCACAAUGAGCUCUUUCCUUGAGUUAAAUAGUUCAACGUCUCAUCAGUCUUUAGGAUUGUGUUGUAGUUUGCCCAUGUAGAGGAGGUAGUUGUGCUCUUAUUUAGGAUGUACUUUAGCUUUGGGUUUCUAGUGUUGUUUGAUUUCAAUCAUUUUCAAAGAGUAGUCUACACAGGUGGAACAUCUCCUUCAGGGCUUGGGGCUGGGUUGUCUUAAAAAAACACACUUUUUAGUGUGUUAAAAAGUGACACAAAUCGGACAAUUAUAUCCCCCUUGGACCUUGUUUUAAGAGAUAUACUGUGUCUUAUUUAGAUUAUAGUGCAGAUAGUGUAGAAAACCUGUUUGCGCUUCCAGACUUUAUGCAAUAGCGCCCUCUGCAGGGGCAGAACCAAACCGCGGCCCAACACAAUUCAAAGAUGACUUCAGCUUGAGAUUUUACCACCUCUUUUGCUCCUAAGACGUUUGACAAUGUUUACAUUUCGUGAUCAAACGUCAUGUUGAACGAAUUCAUCUCUUUACCCAAAGUGAAUUGUAUCCAUUAAUCAGAAUAUCAAUCAUAUUCUUAAUCAGACUGGUCGGUCUAGCCUCUCAUCUCUUCGUCUCUCCUGCUGUCUUCUCUUUAACCCUCCUAACUUUUCUUAUGCUAUGUCAACCCCUUCUCUCUCCUUGUCUCUCCCCUUUCUUCUCCUCCUCUCUUCUCUCGCCUCUACUCCAUUCCUCUCCCCCCUCAUCUCCCCAGUGGUUUGGUUCAGUGUCCUGCAGAGAGUUCUAGAAAGUUCUUGAAUGUUUAUAGGGGGAAGAAGGGGUUGGGGGGUUCUGGGCUAGGUAGUUUAUCAGAGCUCCCAUGACAGUCAAAUGUUAGGAAGUCUCUCUGUUCAGGGAAAACGGUGCUGGCUGGCGAUCCCCUUCAGGUCGGAUGAGAGAAGGACAGUAGGAGAAGGUGGUUGUGGAGGAGAGAGGACACCUAUAAUAUCCGCGCGCACACACACACACACACACACACACACACACAGCCAAUCUACAUCAACACACAGACACACAUUAGCGGUGUGCCUCCAUUUCCUCUCCCAUCACCUCGUCCUCACCUUUCCUCUUCCUGUCUGAACAAGCUCUUACUCUGUUCCCUAGAGAUGCCUGGUGUCCAAUGAAAAAGCUCCGCUCAGACCAGCUACCAUUGGCUGGCUGAGGGCUGGUCUCCUGGUAAUGUCCCGCUGUGUGUCGUUUGUUGCUGUGCUAUUCUAGUGUGCCUGCCUGCUGAGACGGGCCAAUGUGAGGGGCCGGCUUGGGCUGUCAGUCAGGCCCAGACCCCACCCCCUUAUUGUCUCAGAUCAUGUUGACUGGAUGAGGGUGAUGACGAUGAUGAUGAUGAUGGUAGUCAUGACGAUGAAGACAGAUUGUUUUUACCCGCCGAAAUUGUCCUGGCGGAAAGCAUUGCAAUACACCUAUUAUUUGCCUUCUUUAGACGAUCUAAGUAAUAUUUUAUCCUAGCGUUAUAAAUGUAUUUACUGUUGUUUUAUAUUGUUGCCCAUUCUCUUUUAAGAAAAUACAUCUAUUUUAUUUAGUUUUUUAUUAUUAUUCCAACACGUUUUGCUGUUUCAACGAACAUUGUCUUAAGUCCUCCCAAAACGAAAAUCUUCUGUUUCAAUCACGAGUAACAAGCCGAGAGAUUUUCGGGCUCCUUCCCUCCACACUUGAGAUAUAUUUCCUAUCAACUAGCAGACGUGUUCACUAACAACUGAGCUUGUUGACUGAGAAACAAUUCACAGAGAGGGAGAGAGUGACAGAUGAUAUCCUAUCCUCCUCGACUCAAAGUUUAACUCCAGCAGCAGCCCUCAUGUGAGAAAGCUGUUAUGUAAUGUAUGCAAAUGACCCCCACUUCCUGAAAUACAGGCCUGUUUAGUCAACACUUUGUUAUGUUAAGUGCACUUGUUCCCUCAGGGGUCUUGUCUUUCUUUGUUGUUACUUUGGUGCAGAGGGUUUGGAAAGGCUGCCAGAGUCAGGGGCCAGAACACAAGUGUUUUCAUCAUGCACACUCGUACGUUUCAGACCAUUGUCUGCUGCUCUUGAGAAGUCCUAGUGACAUAACAGUUCCCAGUUGUUCUUGGAUACCAAACAGUCUCCUGGGCUUUCAGACAUGUCUAGCAGGAGAACAAAACCUUCCGGCAGACAUGUUGUAAGAGGUUUUUAGUGGAUCUCCGAUGCUCCAAGGCCUUCCUUGGGGCUUGGCUACUGUUACCAGAUCCCAACCACCACCAGAGAUUAAGAGGGACAAGGCCAUUUUAAGGCCAAGUCCAAGCCCCUUAGCAACAUCUACCCCAGAGAGAAGCCCACGUAACGGGUCAACCGUUACGUAGCAACAUCUGUGAAGGUGUUUGGGAUCUCUGAGGAUCCAUUUGGUCCAAGUGCAGCACACUCACAUGUACUUGCACAACCACACAAAAGACCGACCACAACAGCUUUCUGUUGUUUUAAAACCCAUUCAACCCUUUCCAAAGUAUCAGCGACCUGUCUCUAUCUCUCUGACCUUAACUGUUGUGCCCUGAGAUUCUGUAUGGAUUUUCAACAUGAAAGCACAACCUUCCCAAAAGGAGUUUGGAACAUCAUGCAGCAACUAUAGCAGGGCUAUACAGGUGAAUGCACUUAAUACCUUUCUGUUCUUAAAAUCAGCGCUAGCGAUGCGCCUUUAUUUUGACAACCAGAACACACUCUUGGAAAGCAUCUUCUGAAUGGACAUCUUCUGAUCUCUAGCCAGUUAAUGUGAUGUUUGUUGAAGAGGAACUGUUCUUUUGUUAUGUGUUUUCAUCUUACUCCUUUACUCUGGACUGAACGCAACAACUUUCUUAAUCACGAGUAUAUUAACGGCUUACUCUAUCAGACGAUUCAAGUGUUACUGGGCUUGUUAUGCUGUUAUUUUGGAGGACAAUGGCUUAUUAUCGUUACUGUUAUGGAACAUGUUAUGAAUCACACACAUUUCAGUUACCCUUUCAAUUUAAAACAAA